AUGGCGUCUACACAACAACAACAACAACCACACUGCCGUCAGGACUCAUACGACGAAGAGAUCUACACAGAGUUCCGCCAGCCAGUAGCAGAAAACCAGACUAUUGCAAAAGGCUCCAUCAUGGAAUCACCAAGGAAGCUGGACUCUGUUCUUUCUUCACCACCCCCGCCGCCCUUGCCCCGCAAGAACGCACUCAGGGCAGGUUCAAGGUCAAGGUCUACCUCUAGGUCAUCUUCGACUAGGACUCUCGACUCGACAGGGCUCAGCAUUGGUGGUGCAAAGGAGCUCAUGGUUCAGGGUGCCGCCGGCGCCACGAAGCAGGCUGCACCCACACCGCACGAUGUAUACAUGUCGUCAGAGGAGGACGCCUCGUCCUCGGCCGACGACUUUUCCGACUUUGAGUGGGAGAGCGGCAGCGAGUUUGAGUAUGCAGACGACGCUCAGGUCGCAGAGGCCUCUAGCAGCAGCAGCGGCAUGAGCAGCCCAUCUGGUGGCCCCCGCCGCCGCAGCCACGAGAUCACUGCCCGUGUGGUUUCGGUCAUAUACGUUGGGAAGCCGGCCAUAGUAAACCUGUCUACGCCUACCAAGCGUGCCAGCCCGUCCCCAACUCGAUCGAUGAUGAACGUCAGUCCCACACCUAUCAAGCCCUCAGCAGCACCCACACAACCGUCGCUAUCUUCAUCCCGCCGCCGAAGUGUCAGCGCCGCCACCUCCUUCGCUCGCCGCCUCUCCAUCUCAUCUACCGCGUCCUUCAGCACGGGGCAGCCAUCAGCAAAUGCGACGCCCGUCAAGGCUAAGAAUGUCAUCGCCUCCGUAUUUAACAGGAAGGGACAGCAACCCCUCUUCCUCAACACAGAUCCCUUCGCCACCAACAGCUCCGUCUCCGUCGUCACACCACCGCGUCGAACCUCAUCCAGGUCCGUAUCAAGCGGCUCGCCUGCCGUCAUCGAGGAGCCACACUCUGCCCGGACACCAAAGACCCCCUCUGAGAAGUUCAAGGACUUCUCCCUUCGCGGCGGCGCAUUGCUGAAGAAGCGCUCGCGCUCCAUCAUGAACGCCGCUCACAGCUUGCGUGACAGCUACAACGGCGCUGGAGUCGGCCCGCUCCCCGAGGAGAACUGUGGAAGCAGCAGGGAUACCAGCCGGGCCAGCACUCCGUCAACCACCCCUUACGACCGCACCCAGUCCUCCCUGGACUACUUUUCCAGCCCGACCGUAUCAUCAGCGGUCAGGACUCUUCCAGUCAGGUCACAGUCUGACAUGGCUCUAGGUGCGCCCAUCUCGCCUACUGAGAUGAAGGGCAAGCGGUUCACGGCUUUGAGCGCACAGAGGCGGAGCUUGAAGUCUGCGGGCAGGCCAUAG